AUAUUGUGUGUAUGUAUGUUUGUGUUUCAGGUGAUCAGUGCUGCUCUCUCCCUGCUGACUCCCAACAGAGCGAACCUGCUGCUGCUGUCACCAGAGAACGAAGGUCACUGUCCGCUCAGAGAAAAAUGGUUUGGUACCUGCUACAGCAAGGAGGACGUCUCAGAGGAGUGGGCUCAGCGCUGGAGCGGAGACUUUGAGCCCAACCCUGACCUCCACCUUCCUGCUGAGAACAAAUUCAUCGCGACGGAUUUCGACCUGAAAACGUCGGACUGUCCGGACACCGAGUUUCCUGUGAGGAUCGUAAACAACGAGCGAGGCUGUUUGUGGUACAAGAAGGACAACAAGUUCAAGAUCCCCAAAGCUUAUAUCCGCUUCAACCUGAUCACCCCGAUGAUUCAGAAGAGUCCAGAAAAUCUGGUGCUCUUCGACCUCUUCGUGAACGUCUUGGCUCACAACCUGGCGGAGCCGGCGUACGAGGCUGACGUGGCUCAGCUGGAGUACAAGCUGGUGGCCGGGGAGCACGGCCUGGUGAUCCGGCUCAAAGGAUUCAACCACAAACUGCCGCUGCUGUUGAAGCUGAUCGUGGAUCAUCUGGCCGAGUUCAGCACGGAGCCCGGCGUGUUCAACAUGUUCUCUGAGCAGCUGAAGAAGACCUACUUCAACAUCCUCAUCAAACCCGAGAGACUCGGCAAGGACGUCCGUCUGCUGAUCCUGGAGCACUGUCGCUGGUCGGUCAUUCAGAAGUAUCAGGCCGUCACCAAGGGUCUGACCGUCGACGACCUCCUGACCUUCGUUUCCGGGCUGAAGGCGGAGCUGUACGCCGAGGGGCUGGUGCAGGGGAACUUCACCAGCGCGGAGUCCAAGGAGUUCCUGCAGUACUUCAUUGAGAAGCUGCAGUUCCAGCCUCUGUCAGCAGAGGUCCCCGUGCUGUUCCGGGUGGUGGAGCUGCCUCAGAAACAUCAUCUGUGUAAAGUCAAAUCUCUCAACAAAGCAGACGCCAACUCUGAGGUCACCGUCUACUUCCAGUCGGGGCUGAAGAACCUGAGAGAGCACGCUCUGAUGGAGCUGAUGGUGAUGCACAUGGAGGAGCCGUGUUUCGACUUCUUAAGAACCAAGGAGACUCUGGGGUACCAGGUGUACCCAACCUGCAGGAACACCUCAGGGGUGCUGGGAUUCUCUGUCACCGUGGAAACACAGGCCACCAAGUUCAGCACAGAGUUUGUGGAGGCGAAGAUCGAGGAGUUCCUUGUCAGCUUCGGCGAGUGUUUGUCGGGUCUUAGCGAGGAGGCGUUUAAAACGCAGGUGACCGCUCUCAUCAAGCUGAAGGAGUGCGAGGACGCUCACCUGGGAGAGGAGGUCGACCGAAACUGGUUUGAGGUCGUCACGCAGCAGUACGUCUUCAAGCGGCUCAACAAAGAGAUCGAGGCCCUGAAGGUCUUCAGUCAGGGGGAGCUGGUCUCCUGGUUCAUGGAGCACAGAAACGGCAGCAGUAGGAGGCUCAGCGUGCACGUGGUCGGUUUCGGCGUGGAGGAGAACGACCCGCCUGAGCAGAGUGUCUGCUGCAGCCAGGACAGCCCCGACUCCCCCCCCUCCUCCUCGGCAUACGGGGAGGUGAGCGAGCUCAACUUCCUGCCUGCCUCCUCGCCGGCGCUCCAGGACGUCACGCUCAUCUCAGACAUCAGAGCGUUCACCUCAUCCCUCCCCCUCCACCCAUACCACAAAAUCCUCAGCUAGGUCCGGACGGACGGUGAAGGUGAAGAACGCCUCGUUCACUCUGUCAGUGUGUCGGGGAAAAUAAAGUUACCAUUGAAACAGCUAGCAUCCAUGUUUGAUGAAAGAGGAUGGACACACCUUGAGGAACUUUUAACACGCGUUUAGUUUUAUUGUGAGUGGUUGUAAAAUGCUGCGUUCAUGUCCUGUGGGAAAAACAAAGAUCUGGGCCUGUAUUUAUCACACACGUCGUCAUCAGUCCCUUAAAAUCCUCUGGAGAGCUGCAUGUUCACAUAAAAAAAAAAUACUAUAUGUAGCUUAAAGCUCUGCAGUGUGCAAAAGCAAAAAAAAAAGAGGCUGAACUAUAGCGUGCUGUUUAUAUGCAAAGGUAGGACGCUUACUUUACCUAAUAAUGACUGUUACUAAUAAGCUAUUUGCACUAACUAGGCCAGCGGACAAUAACAACUCAAAACGCUUUUCUAUCAUGACAGUAAUGCUUUAACACAAACAGUAAUAAUGAUGCAAACAGAAGUUUUAAUUGAUGUAAUAUAACACCACGAUCAAACACCUUUCCUCUGUCAUUAACUCGAUCAACUUUAUUAAUCCCACAUGAGGAAAGUUGGGUCGACACAGCUGGUACUUAGAAACACAAACAACAAUCAGUUCAACAUACUUAAAUAUGGAAUCAGUUCUAACAUUAAUUCUGAACAGAAGAGCUGAGCGAACAUGAAUCAGAACCUGUUUUUUACUCCUUGUUCACGUGGUAACGACCAGUUUGUGAUUAUUAUUUCAAGAAGUCGACUUGUCUCGUAUCGUCAGAGGCAAAAGCACGAAACGGUUAUAGAAAACGUAGCGUAGAACUUGGUGUUUCAAGCCCCGUGUUCACUGAGCUUUUUUUUUUUUUCUGAGCGCCUGCAACUUUUUUCAAUUGUUUCCAAUGAGGAGAGAGCGUUUCCAAUGAGGAGAGAGCGUUUCCAAUGAGGAGAGAGCGUUUCCAAUGAGGAGAGAGCGUUUCCAGCAGCAGACGGACACCCGGAGAAAAAGCGCAGUGCUGCUCAGUGUUUUUUUUCCGGGCGCUCUGCCUUUUUUUAUGCAGUCGCCCCAAGCACUGAAGCUAGGGUGAGCCUAGAGCGUGUUAAGAGUGAGCUUAGAGUGAGCUUUAAGCUAGCAUAGGGCGAGCUUCAAAUGAGUUUAGAGCGAUCUUAGAUUGAGUUUAGGGCGAGCUUAGAGCAGUUUAGAAGAGAGCUUAGAUUGAGUUUAGAGCAAGGCAUCACAGGUGUUAUCAUGUGUAAAUUACAAACUGAUGUCAGUUUCAUUUUUCAGAGGGAGGUAGGUGCCAUAAACCUGAGAACAAGUUCAGAGGUGGAUUCAAAUGAAAGGGUUAAAAGGGAAUAUUCUUUUAAAUUAGUUUAGCUUCAUAAGGAAAAGCUUUGUGAGUUUCACUUAAUUUACUAGAACAGUGUUUUUGAGUUCAUGUGAAUGUAUUAGUUCAGUUCAGCGCACACGUUACUGGGAGUAAAACUUUUUUUAUCCCAAAAUACAUUCAUGAUUACGAUUUUAGUUAUAAUCAAGCAGCUUUAAAACAAUAUAUAUUCUGUUUCCUGGUUUGUAAAUACAGGCCCAGAGCUUAUAGAAAAAUACUGUUCAGCUUAUUUUCUGUUGGAGUAUGUUUGAUUUUAAUUAAAGUCAUCGACCAGGUCUGUUCAGACAAACUCCUGAGUUAAGAUGAAGGUUGAUCUUUUCUGUAAUAAACCUGAACAGAAUGAAGAGCAGGAAAUAACAAUCACUGCAUCCCUUAUUGGUUUAAACGAGUCAGCUCCGUCGCUUUGACUGUGAAAAAUGUAGUAUGAUCAUUUCCAGGGAGUAAGUGAAUGCAGCACGAAGACUCAGGGCUCUGGUUUAAAAUCCAGUCUGAUACAAGAGACGACAAAGACGGGCAUCUGUAUCUUUAAAAUGUGACUUCAGCCAGUAUCACUGCGAAACCUACCAUGUUUUUAUUUAUGCGUUUACAUAUUCAUGUUCAUACUGACUACUGGAUGAUGUAUAUGAAGAAUUAAAUGUACAGAUUAAACAGCUUCUGGUGGCCAGUGAUUUCAAACUGUGACGUAUUUUAACUCAGAAUGUACCGCUGUGGUUUAUGAGUCCCGGAGAACGCAACCAAAAUAAUUUAAAAUGACUUAAACUUUCAUUUUAAUGACGAUUAAAAAAAAUACUUAAUCAGAUGUUUCAGUGAAGAGAAGUUUUGUUUGUUUUUCUGUCCUUCAGUAAUUAUAGAACAAUAAUAAAGACUUUUAUAAAUGCUU